ACUGUAGUGUCAGUCAUUUUGUAAAGCAAAACAUACCCGCCCAGUGUCCCCGGGAUGAGGGGAGGACGAGAGUUUCAACAGAAGAGAACAGGGAAAUGAAGUUGUUAGGCCGGCCAGCAACUCUCUUCCCAACUAGGCAGAUAGCAAGUUAGGGGACGGACGGUCACGAGUAGAGAGAUUCAUAUGAAACGCCACAGCGAUGAAGGUCGUCCAUCUGAGCAACUUUUAGCCGCGAUCGAAACACGCUAGACAACCUCCGGCCACAAGAUCCCAGAUAACCUUACAGACAUUUCAAAGUAAUAGCGCUACGGCGGAAAAGAAAGUGGACACAACUUGCUAGCGAGCUAGCGAAGCUUUAGCCGCCGAGCCUCCUUCGGCUUCAACAGGAGAGUUCACUCGAUUUUUCGGCUUGGAUUUACCGGCCUCCAGUCAUGCCUUUUCCUUUUGGGAAGUCUCAGAAGAGCCCAGGUGAAAUAGUGCGGAGCUUGAAGGAGAAUGUGGCCUACAUGGAAAAGAUGGAUGCUGGGGACAGCAAAAAGUGUGAAAAGGUCGCAGAGGAGGUGUCCAAAAACCUGGCGUCACUGAAGGAGGUACUUAGUGGAACAGGUGACAAGGAGCCUCAAACCGAAGCUGUGGCUCAGCUCGCACAGGAGCUGUACAACACCAACCUCCUGGUUGCUCUCAUUGCAAACCUGCAGAGGAUUGAUUUUGAGGGGAAAAAGGAUGUGGUGCAUUUGUUCAGUAAUAUUGUGCGACGUCAGAUUGGCAGCCGAACACCCACAGUAGAAUACAUCUCUACACAACAAAAGAUCCUCUUCAUGUUGCUGAAGGGAUAUGAGAGCGCAGAAGUGGCUCUGAAUUGUGGGAUGAUGCUGAGAGAGUGCCUGCGUCACGAGCCUUUGGCGAGGACGGUGCUCUUCUCUGAAGACUUCUACUGCUUCUUCGGUUAUGUGGAGCUCUCAACCUUUGACAUCGCCUCAGAUGCUUUUGCCUCGUUCAAGGACCUCCUCACGAGACACAAGAUUAUGUGUGCAGAUUUCCUGGAGAACAACUAUGACAGGGUGUUCACAGAAUACGAGAAGCUCCUGCAUUCUGAGAACUACGUCACCAAGCGACAGUCUUUGAAGCUCCUUGGGGAACUUCUGCUGGAUAGACACAACUUCACUGUCAUGACUAAAUACAUCAGUCGGGCUGAGAACUUGAAGCUGAUGAUGAACCUGCUAAGAGACAACAGUCGAAACAUCCAGUUUGAAGCAUUCCAUGUGUUCAAGGUAUUUGUUGCAAACCCAAACAAGACUCAGCCCGUGCUCGACAUCCUACUGAAGAACCAGACCAAACUCGUGGAGUUCCUCGGCCACUUCCAGACCGACCGAUCGGAGGACGAGCAGUUCUGCGACGAGAAGAACUAUCUGAUCAAGCAGAUCCGGGAUCUGAAGAGGCCUGCGGCACCGGAGGAAGCUUAAGGCGUCGUGGACGAGCGCUCCCGUCAGGUGGUAGAUGUACAGGUGGUGGCUGCAGCUGCAGAGGGUUAAGAGAGAGUCUAAAAGACAUGCUUCAUUAAAAUGUAAUAUUUACUACAAAAUAUAGGGAAAACAAGCAAAGAUUACUUCCUUCAUUUUCUGUUUUUUUUUUUUUUUUCUUUUUUUUUUUUGUAUUUGGAGGUGAUUUCCAUCCAGCAACUUGGGUGUGGGCCAAGAACUGUUAUUUAAACCAUAGUGCUUCUUCUUUGGUGAUAAUGAAAUGCAUUUUAGUCCAUUCUUAUAUUAUUGGACCUUAAACUGUUCCCUUUCCACAUACAUGGUCGUUGACAGAGACUUUAGAAUGACAAAAACUGCCCCCACCAACUUUCACAGCCAAUGUGUGUUCUUGAAAGUCUUUCUCCCGCAUGUCUAUAUUUAAUUUUAGAGAUUGAGAAGUAACUGAAUAAAAAAUUAUA